ACUACUACUCCAUCAAUAACAUCAAAUGCAUGUUUAAUACAAUCUUUUUUUACUCUUUAUCAAAAAAUAAAAACUACUUUCUUUCCUUCCAAGACACAUAGAGUACCAAUAUCAUCAUCAUCAUCAUCAUCAUCAUCAGAAGACGAAACAUUUUUAUUUGAUCUAUAUAUAGCAUCAGGUAAUCAUGAUGAAUAUUGGUUGAAUACAUUUGCAUUACCAGUUCUCAAUGAAAUUAAUAUAAAAUAUAUCAAACGACAAACUUAUCAUGAUAAUGAUCAACUUGAUAUUCUUUAUGAUAAUUAUAUACGCAAACGAUCACAUUUAUUAUAUUAUAUAAUAAAUGAUUAUGAACGUCUUUCACAUCUUACUACUGAACUUGCAUUUCUUAUUGGUGAACGUAAAUAUCAUAUAAUUGUUUGUUUACAACUAACAAUUAAUGAAAAUUCAGAAAAAAUCUUGACAAAAAAUGAACGACAAGAUAUUGAACGUUCAAGAAAAUAUCUAGAAGAUAUUGCUAAAAAAGAAAAGAUUGUAUUAUGUCAAUCACGUGAACAAAGUUGGCAACAUGUUUUAGCAUUUUUGCAACGCAAUUAA